AUGGCUGGGGCCCUGGCUGCCAUUCAGCUACCAAGGCCAGCCAGCCACGUGGAGCCUACGGCCAAAAGAAAUCUCACCACUGUGACAGAGUUCAUUCUUGUGGGUUUCACAUAUCACCCUGAACCGGCCGUUCCACUCCUCCUGAUGUUUCUCGUCUUCUAUCUAGUCACCCAUCUGGGAAAUGUGGGAAUGUUUAUCCUAAUCCAAAUGGACACUCAACUCCACACCCCAGUGUACUUCUGCCCGAGCCAUCUUGCCCUGCCAGAUGCCUGCUCUACCUCGGUCAUCACCCUUCAGGUCCCAGCCACACUGACCACGAGCAAAACGGUCAUCUCCUGUGGUCAGUUCUUUUUCUUCACCAUCUGUGCAGGCACAGAAUGUUACCUGCUGGCAGUAAUGGCCUAUGACCGCUUUGUUGCCAUUAGCAACCCAUUGCUCUAUAACGUAGCAAUUACUCGGGGCAUCUGUAGGGGCUUUUUGGCCGCCUAUGUCUGUGGGGUAUCGGGGGCCAUCCUGCAUACCAUGUGCAUCUUUACCCUCUCCUCCUGUGACGACAGUCAGAUCAACUUCUUCUUCUGCGAUCUCCCACCACUGCUGAAGCUUGCCUGCAGCAACGUGACACAAAGUGAGAUUGUCAUCCUCUUUUUUGCCAAACUCAUGUUCCUGGCCAAUGUCGUGAUCACUCUGGUCUCCUACAUGCUCAUCAUCAGAACAAUCCUGAGAGUGAAGUCUGCUGGUGGGAGAGCCAAGACCUUCUCCACCUGCACCUCUGUUGCUCUCUUCUUCGGGACACUUGCCUUCACGUACCAGAGAAGUACCUCAGACAAAUCCCCAGAGAAGGAGAAGACUGUGUCUGUCUUUUACACUGUGGUCAUCCCCAUGCUGAACCUUUUGAUCUACAGUUUGAGGAACAAAGACGUAAAAGCUGCAAUCAGAAAAGUCAUUUGUAAAAUCCAGUUCCUGAGGGAGGCUCCUGGACGAGGCCGUUUGGAAGAAUGUGACCGGGAGGACGUGGCUCUUCACCUCCUUCUCCUACAGUCCCUCGGUGCCGGGCCUAAGGCUCUGGGCUUGCUGAACGGCAGCUUGAGCGUGACCGUACACUCAGGAGUGAUGCCCGGCUUUGAGGAUUUACUGUUGGUGCCGAGCCCAGCCGCCUACGCAAGCAACAGUCUGAUGCUCCAUUACGCCCAAAAGGUUCGCUUCACCACCAAAGCCCAGGAAGAGGUUUGCUUCACUAAAGAGGGGGAGAUGCUGGCAACGUUUGACAUUCAAAACAUCGACAUCCUCCCAGACCAGAGAGAACAGACUCUGACUGUUGGACAUUCUGACUUGACGUUACCUCCUGGAAAAGAGCUGCUGAUAAAUGACAGUGCUAUUAUCUGA